AUGUCGUUCACAGAGAAACCCGGCUUCAGCUUCACGCCGACGGCCAUGAUUCUGUCGACGAGCAUCGUUGCUUUCCUCUCGGGCUUCAUGAUGGGUGUAUACUCUAUUCGUGGUUACUUUCUCAGCCCUGAUCUGAUAGAGGAGCGCCGCCGCAACCUGGCCGACCCCGAGGAGAGUGAGGAGUCCGACGUGGACGAGGACGACUUUCUGCUUGACCACGCCCCGAACUGGACCAGAUCUCUCGAUGCUGAUAGGAAGGAGCAAAGAGUAAAGAAAGUCAAAGAAAAUACCGUGUCUGAGCUCGACGAGCUCGCUGCCGACCCCAAUGAGGAAUGCAAGCUGGUCUUGGUGGUACGGACGGAUUUGGGCAUGACCAAAGGCAAGAUCGCAGCUCAGUGCUCACACGCCACCCUCGCCUGCUACAAGAAACUCGCAGCCGCUUCCCCCACCUCGACGGCUGGCCGGUACUUGCGGCGUUGGGAGCAUCGCGGCCAGGCCAAAAUCGCCGUCCAAAUCAAGUCUCAGGAGGAGCUAUUGGAGCUAGCAAAGCGUGCCCGUGCCAUGGGCCUGACUGCCGAAUACAUCCAAGACGCCGGUCGUACCCAGAUCGAGGCUGGCAGUAUGACCGUGCUCGGCGUCGGGCCUGCCCCCAAGAGCCUAGUCGACAAGAUUACCGGUGGUCUGAAGCUGCUGUGA